UGAAAACAAAUAGAACCACGCAAAUCUGCUGAGGGAAGAACCUCAACACCCAAAUACAAACACACACCUAACCAGCUAAAAAAAAAUGAUUUACACAGGAAUCCUUACAAAGAUUUUAAGCAAAUUGCAGGACAGCUGUAAAGCUCGGUUGUGAUAUUUUUUUACAGAUUAAACAACUUCCUGUCAUGUAAUGACAUAAUCCAGGCCGAUACAAAUCUCUUAGACUAAUUUGAUUGUUACAUUGAUUUUCAUUAAUCUGAAGCAUUGUGUCUCCAGUAAAUACCUUACUGAAAAAUACCCCUAGAACCUUGUAAAGCAUGAAAUGUGGAAAGAACAAAUGAAACGUCAGCUCCAUCUAGAGGGCAAUUCAGUUCAUGUUCUCUUGCACAAACACGUCCAAGAUGGCUGCACCCACACGGACGCUUCAUUGAGUAUUGGCAGGAAGAAGCUGAAAACCGUGAAGGAAAUCAGAUGCAAAUCUGUGUUUGUUUGUUUUUUUUGUGUUAUAGAUCCUCUCUCUGCAGGUGACAUGGAUGCAAAGGAAAUAGUCCACUGUGCUCUCCAGAUCCAGAAGUUCACUGCAGACAGAAGCACUGGGAACAUUGUGGCCCUUCUUACUGAUCUCCAUCAGUCUCAGGUCACAGCAGAGCAGCUAGAAACAACAGACAUAGUCCGGGUCCUCUACAGGCUCCUAAGAUCCCGUCCAGACAACGAUACGAAGAAGAUGGUCAAGAGCUUGUUGUCGAAGUGGAAGAAACAGUACAACAAGGAUGGUCAGGGGGUGAAAUAUUCAGACGGGGGCGAGGAUUCUGUGCCCAUCAGCAAAGAAGAGAGAGAGGAGGGGGAUUCCACCUCUGAGCGAGGACAGCCAUGUGACAGCAGAGCGGGGGGGACCACACAACAAACAGGCUUAUGUGGAGGUCCUGGCCCGCAGGGUCCUGUUUCCCCCGCGGAGAGGACCCCUCUCCGCUCGGACCCUGUGAGAACAAGAUGUUCCCAGUUGCUCCUCGGGGCCCUCUCAGCCGAACCUCCCGAUGAGGCCAAGGCGUCCCGGCUCGCCGAGGACAUGGAGCAGCACAUCCACCAGCUCCACGCAGCCAGUCGGGUCAAAUACAAAGCCUGCAUAAGGAGCAAGGUGGCAAACCUGAGAAAUCCCCAAAAUGCUCACCUACGUGAUGGUCUCCUGGGCGGCGCCCUGUCUCCAGAGGCUUUCGCCCGCAUGUCCGCGGAGGAGAUGGCGAGCGCCGAGCUCCGGCAGCUGCGGGAGGAGUACUCGUCCCGGGGCCUGAGCCAGAGACAGCUCCCCCGGGGGGUCGAGGGAACGCGGACCAACAAGAUUCGCUGCAGAAAUUGCGGAGGGUCGGACUGCAGGGUUACCCAAGUGUCCAGAGGUGUCCUUUUCUUGCCUGCGUGGGUGAGACAGGGCGGUCCUGACCAGGAUGCGAUGACCUUUGUGACGUGCAGUGGGUGUGGGCAGCAGUGGUACCAUAGUGGCUGGAACUGUCUCUAA